AUGGAGCACCUCAAGCGCAAGAGCGAGAAGAGAAAAAGUCGCUAUCGGAAACAGCCGCACUUUCACCACCGGAAGACAGAGAAAGCCAUCUCAAGCUCAUCUUUAGAAGUCUUCGUGAAGCCAGAGAGAGAAAUCCCAAGCCCGCCAUCGUUUCUCGUCGAGAGGGUCCCCUUGGAACUCCAGCAACAGAUCGCCGACCUCCUGCCCCCCAGCUCAGCAACAGCGCUCUCCCUCACGUGCAAGCGUCUCUGGGUAACCUUACAAGACAAGCACCACAUCUGCGAGAUCUGCACGGCGGGCGACAAACAGUCGCUGCUCUCCCUCCUGGCUCGCGAUCUCCCAGACCACGACAACUGCGUCAGAUGCCUGAGACUGCACCCUGCCCGGGAGUGGUGGAGGCCCAAGAGACCGUUCAUGCCUUGUUCGUCCUCCUCAGCUCGAAGAGAAGACGACAGGCGUGUGGUUGUGCGAGCAGCUGCGUUCAGGAUGGCUUCUCUGAAGCGCGAUCAGACGCCCGAAUGCGCGAAGCAUUGGAAGCUCCAGUCUUUCAAAGAGGCCAACACAGAGGAACUAGGAUACAACCACCUCAGGCAAAUCCAGGGGGAGUAUCAAGUUAUCAACGGUCGCGUGGUGCACCGGGAACAGUAA